AGCUGAUUGAUUUACCGCUACGUUUCUUUAACUGUUGUGUAUGUGCGAAAGUGCUACUAUUAUGUUAUUAUUGUAGUAUAAUUUUAAGAAAACUACAUAAGAAUAUGUACCGUCCACAUGCAAGGGAAUGUUUUAUAUUUUUUGUAAUAGUAAUUGGUCUAUACUAUUUCCUCUAUUAUAAUGAAGAAAAAAGUAUACAUAUUCUGCAAGAAGUGUAGAAUACCAAAAACCAAUCCAUUCAGUGAAGAUAUUAUUGACUUUGUUCAUAAAGAAGAGUAUGAAAAAUGUUCGAAUAAAACUUUGCUGUCGUACAUUAACAAAACGAAUGAUAUUGUUACUUUACAUAUCAAUCGAAGUGCACAAGAGGAAUACAGUAAUUCCACCAUAGAAUGCUGUUAUGCGAAUAUUACUAGAAUUAAUUAUGAAACAUCAAGGGAUGACCAUGUUAAUCUGACUGAUUGCAUUCCCUUCAAAGACUCAGUAGAAAUAAAUUAUCCUUAUGUUAGUGUUAACUGUACAAUAGAGCAGAUAGAAGUAUACAGUAAUGUUCAUGCUACCACUUUUUCAAUCUCUAAAGAACACAAGAAACCUACUGGAAAACCAAAGUUUAGUAUUAUGAUGCUCGGAAUAGAUAGCGUGUCAAAAUCUAAUAUAGAACGCUCCAUGCCUGAAAGCUUUAAAUGGGCUGAAAGUAACAUGGUUAACCUUAAGGGGUAUAACAAGAUCGGCGACAACACAUUUCCCAACUUAAUGGCAAUCCUGACUGGAUAUAAUGUAGAUCAGUUAUCGACAUUUUGUAACCGUAGCAUAAAACAAAACCCUUGCAGGUUUAUCUGGGACAAAUUUAAAGAAUCUCAAUACAUAACAGGAUAUGCAGAGGAUGAUUGCAAUAUAAACACGUUCCAUUAUGAUCGUCCAGGAUUUUUAGAAGAACCUACAGAUUAUUAUUAUCGUCCUUACUUUUUAGCAGCAGAAACUUUGCAGUAUACUGUAUUAAGGAAAAAUAUGAUCUAUUGCGCCGGUCCCGAAACUUCCGGAGAAAGAAUACAAAAUGCAGCUAAAGAUUUCGCUGUUACGUUUAAGGACGUUCCAUCUUUUGGACUGUUUUGGAGUAACAGUUAUAGUCAUGAUAAUAUUAAUAUGCCAGGGGCUAUGGAUAAAAAGAUGUUUCAACUUUUGUCUAACACUGAAUUUCUCGAAGCCUUAAAUAAUACCAUUUUAAUCUUUUUUAGUGAUCAUGGUUUCAGAUUUGGUGGUAUUAGGUUUACACAUACAGGAUGGGUGGAAGAAAGACUUCCUUUUAUAUAUUUCAGAUUUCCGGAUCUCUUUAAACGUUCUUAUCCAGAACAGUAUAAUAAUUUCAUAACAAACACAAAUCGGUUGACAUCACCCUAUGAUAUCCACAACACUUUUCAAGACCUACUGAACAUAGGCAAUGAUUCUUACGUACCAUCGUGGAGUCAAGGAUGUUCCAGCUGCUACAGUUUGUUUGCUGAAAUUCCGGAAAAUAGAACAUGUAAAGAUGCGGGUAUUAGUCAACAUUGGUGUACUUGCCAAGGACAUACUUACAUCAGACCUGAUGAUCCCAAAGUAAUAGAAGUAUCAAACUUUAUUGUAAAUGAAACCAACAACAUUCUACUUACAACUGAAGGGGGUUCAUUAUGCGCGGAAUACAAUUUAUCUAAAAUAAAGACAGCUGGUAUGUCUGAACCAUAUUGGAAUGAAGAUCACAAAUCCGUUCACUUCUUUUUAGUGAUGCUGGAAACAAGUCCUGAUGCUAGUUUUGAAGCUACCGUUGAAGCUUCAUUUGAGGAAAGAAAUAAUAGUUUUAAGCUGUUAGGUGAUAUAAGUAGAAUAGAUAGAUACGGACCUGUUACAGGAUGUAUUACAGACAAUGCUUAUCUAAAGAAAUACUGCUACUGUCGUGAAAAUGUAACAAAAUCAAACGAAUAA